AUAUUAAUGGUGGCAAGCAGAUAUGGUGUGGCCCUAACAGAGGACAAAGGCACAUGCACAAGGAUGAAUCCGCAUUCACAUGAAGAAAAUGGGUCAUGGUGCAACGGUUCACUCACAACUUCUAUAUCAGUGUGUGUACAACACUGACCGCUUUUAGCUCAACACACCAGAGCUGGACUGGAGAAGAAGAUAACCAUGAAGGUGAACAAACUAAAGCUCUUCAUGCUCUGCUUGUGCUUUCUCUUGUUCAUGUCCUUCCAGCACUGUGCUUCUGCUGGAAACCAGAAGAUAGGCUCAGGGUAUCGUUUGGUGUCUUUAGAGGAGAACUCUAAUGGAGGUGGCCUUCUUGGGAAGCUGGAACUCAAACAGAAAACCUCUGUUUAUGGCCCCGAUGUUCCACAUUUGUGCCUUUUUGUCAAACAUGAAAGUGAGGAUCGUUUGAGAGUUCAUAUAACUGAUGCUAGUGAGGAAAGAUGGGAGGUUCCUUAUAAUUUGUUGCCUAGAGAGCAACCCCCAACAGUGAAGGGAUCUACUACUACUACUACAACUAGUAGUGUUCCAUUCACAGCUACUGAGUAUUCUGGUGAUGAGUUGCUUUUUAGCUAUAAAGCUGACCCUUUUAGUUUUUCUGUAAAAAGGAAAUCAAAUGGAGAUGUUUUGUUUGAUUCAACUGCAAAAGAUGAUGAUCCUUAUUCAAGCCUUGUGUUCAAAGAUCAGUAUCUUGAGAUCUCUACCAGGUUGCCUGAGACUGCUGCAUUGUAUGGUCUCGGUGAGAAUACACAACCGGGAGGCAUUCGGUUGCGGCCUAAUGAUCCAUACACUCUGUAUACCACUGAUGCUUCAGCUAUUAAUCUGAAUAUGGAUUUAUAUGGAUCACAUCCUGUUUAUAUGGACUUGAGGAAUGCUAAUGGAGAGGCCAAUGCUCAUGCUGUUUUGUUGCUUAACAGCAAUGGGAUGGACAUUGUUUACAGGGGAAGUUCUCUAACGUACAAAGUCAUUGGUGGAGUGUUUGAUUUCUACUUCUUUAAAGGACCGACACCACUAGCUGUGGUCGAUCAAUAUACUACUUUAAUCGGUCGUCCUGCACCCAUGCCUUACUGGGCUCUAGGAUUCCACCAAUGCAGAUGGGGUUAUCGGAAUCUGUCUGUGGUGGAAGGGGUUGUGGAGGGUUAUAAGAAGGCGCAAAUCCCACUUGACGUGAUUUGGAAUGAUGAUGAUCACAUGGAUGCAGCCAAGGACUUCACCCUCGACCCAGUGAACUAUCCAAGGCCCAAGCUGCUCGCGUUCCUUGAUAAAAUCCAUUCUCAAGGCAUGAAAUACAUUGUCCUCAUUGAUCCCGGCAUUGCUGUUAAUUCCAGUUAUGGUGUCUAUCAGAGGGGAAUGGCCAAAGAUGUCUACAUUAAGUACCAAGGAAAACCUUAUUUAGCUCAAGUCUGGCCAGGGCCUGUCUACUUCCCUGACUACCUGAACCCUCAAGGUGUUUCAUGGUGGGUCGAUGAGAUAGCUCGCUUUCAUGAGCUUGUCCCCGUAGACGGUCUGUGGAUUGAUAUGAAUGAAGCUUCAAACUUUUGCACCGGCAAAUGUGAACUUCCAAAAGAUCAUCCGUGUCCAAUUCCUAAUAGCACGGAACCUUGGGUUUGUUGCUUAGAUUGCAAGAACAUAACGAGCACUCGAUGGGAUGAGCCACCAUAUAAGAUCAAUGCAUCAGGAACUCACGUCGCCUUGGGCUUUAAGACCAUUGCAACCAGCGCUGAGCAUUACAACGGAGUACUGGAGUAUAAUGCUCACAGCAUCUAUGGUUUCUCUCAAGCUGUAGCUACUCAUAAGGCGCUUCUAGGGCUCGAGGGGAAGCGCCCAUUCAUCCUAACUCGAUCCACGUUCGUUGGAUCAGGAGCAUAUGCAGCUCAUUGGACUGGCGAUAACAAGGGAACAUGGAAUGAUAUACGCUACUCGAUUUCAACAAUACUGAAUUUUGGCCUAUUCGGAAUGCCUAUGGUUGGUUCAGAUAUAUGUGGGUUUUAUCCGGCACCAACAGAAGAGCUUUGCAACCGAUGGAUUCAGCUCGGCGCAUUCUAUCCAUUCUCAAGGGAUCAUGCAAACUUUUACUCACCUAGACAGGAACUCUACGUGUGGGAUUCAGUAGCAAAAUCAGCUCGGAAUGCACUUGGAUUACGAUACAAGCUGCUACCAUAUCUCUACACAUUGAACUAUGAAGCUCAUACAAGGGGAGCCCCGAUAGCGAGGCCGGUUUUCUUCUCGUUCCCUAACUUCACAGCAUGCUAUGGACUAAGCACUCAAUUCUUGCUAGGAAGCAGUGUAAUGGUGUCACCGGUGUUGAAGAAAGCUGCAAGGUCCGUCAAGGUGAUAUUCCCUCCGGGAACUUGGUACAACUUGUUCGACAUGACCAAAGCUGUUUUUUCCAAGGACGAGCGAUAUAUCACUCUUGAAGCCUCUCUGAAUGAGAUCAAUGUACAUGUGUAUCAGAACACUAUACUUCCAAUGCAGCAAGGGGGAUUGAUUUCCAAGGAGGCAAGAACAACACCAUUCACCCUUGUAGUCACUUUCCCGUUAGGCGCAACUCAAGCCGAUGCCAAGGGUAAUGUGUUUGUAGACGAUGAUGAGAGACCGGAGAUGAAACUAGUCGACGGGGAGUCCUCGUAUGUUGAGUUCUACGCCUGCGUUCGAGGAAAGACUGUCACUGUAUGGUCUGAGGUGCAGAUGGGUAGUUUUAGUAUAGAGAAGCAGUUGAUGAUUGAAAAGGUGAGAGUGCUGGGACUGCAGGGAAGUGGACAUGGACUGGCCAUUGAAGUGGAUGGAGAAGCUGUGACUGAUGUCUCUGGAGUUCAUUUCAGUGAUCCUGCUCAAAUGAACAUGGAAAAACUGGAAGGAGGGAACAAAAAGAACGGUAUGAUGGUUGAAAUUGGAGGACUUGGUUUGCCUCUUGGGAAGAAGUUCUCCAUUUCUUGGAAAAUGGGCAUCAAAGGAUGAUGAGUUUCUUAUUGCUUCAAAUUAUGAUCUUUGAUUUGCUACUUCUCUUUCUCAUCUUGUAUUAGUUUCUGUUUUCCUCUUUAGUGAUCAUGAGAGAAGAGAUCCAGAGGUUUGCUGAAACAUUGUUGUUUACUUUUCUUCCAUUGAAACAAGUAAUUUUCUUUA